AUGGCGACGAAAUUCACACCGAUUAACCAGAGCCAGAAGUCUGCAGUUAUCCGCCAUGUUCCCUCCGGAUCACAAGCAGUAUCACCAGACUCGCCACCCAUAUCACCGCUUAGUCCGCCGCCGUCGUGGUUCAACGAUGAAGAUAUGGAGUGUCCUCAUACCCCGAUCCGGAAGCAAUCACCGCCCAUGUCACCGUUUAGUCCGCCGCCGUCAUGGUUCGACGAUGAGGACAUGGAAUGCCCUCACAGUCCGAUCAUGAUGCAGUCAUCAUCUCCGCUGGCUUCCCUCAGCAACUCGCUCCUAGUACGACUGGAGAGUAACCACAUUGAACCUUCUUCACACUCACCAUUUUUAGUGGGGCAAGCAUUGGCACCUUCAACGCUCUUUUUCCCAUAUGUCUCGGCCCCUAUUCUUCAGCAGGAUGCCGGGCCAGCCACUCAAAAGCGUGGUUCAGAGGAGCUUGAAACAGCAGAAGUCGAGCGUGGCAAAAAGGCUGCUCGUCUUGAAGCUCACAAGACCCGGAAGACCCAGAAGACAUCCACGCAAGACGAAGAAACCGGAUUGUUGACUCCUGUCAGCAACGUCAGCGAAAGCGCGCAAAGCUCUACAACUCGCAGGACCGUCCGAGCAGGCAAACCGGAGAUGUAG